UGAAAUAUCACGGGUUUCUGGAUCCGGUGUAAACGUCUGGCGGAGAGAGCAUCGAUCGGAGGAUCGAUCAAUCGCGCGAGCGGGUCGGGCGGAAGCGUCUCUUCCGGCCGGCACGAAUUUCGGCGGUGCGAUCGCGCCCGAUCGCGUCCGUAGAGAGGAGAUCGAAGAGACUCAGAUCAUUCGUUAGGCUACCGGCGUUUGCAUCACCAUUUCGCUCGUCGUUGUCGAUUCGCACACGCGACCGAAAGCAGCGCUACUCGUGAAAGUGCGCGGCGGUGGCGUCUGUCUGUCAGCGGGACAGGUGCGAGAGUAUUGAGACGAGGUGAAAACAAUAGGAAAAAAGAAUAAAAGAUACUUGAAGUGAAUAAGUAAGCGGUUCUUUUCCUGAAAAAAUCUGCCUAGAACAUUAAUGCGAAGUAUAAAGAUUAAAGGGAGAGAAGGACAUAUUUAACGAAGUAUUUAAAUAAAUAUUCAAGUAAAUAAAAAUAAAACAAAAACGCACGACGUAUCGCACGAUAGUUUAUUAUUGAAAAAGAGAUAAUAACAGACAAAUAAAGUAAACUGACACUUAGCGGACUACAGAAAGAGAAAGAGAGAGGGGGAGAGAAAGACAGAGAGAAAGUGACAUUUAUUCGAGCGUCUUGAGAGAGGAAGAAAGAAAGCAGACGACGAGUAGGCCCGAAACAGGUCUUGCAGCACGUGACAUAGGCAAAAAUUCGCCGGCUGGAGAAGAGAUCGGUGCAAUUGGUAACGGAAGUCUUGUGCGCGAGUGUGACACAUUCGGUCAUUUCCUCGCUUCGAUUUUUUUAUCUCAGUUAUUGCGUGAGAAAGUGCGGGUCUGACGUUUGUCGCGAGAAGGACGUUCCAGGAUUAUUUCAGGAUCAAAAGAAGAAAUUUCGUAACGAGCUGGAAAAAAAGGGGGAGGGAAAGGACCGUGUAACACGCUCGCACGCGCGUGUGUGAGGAGACACGAUAAAUUGAUAUUGUUUUAUCGGAUAUCAGCGAGAACGAGAGUGAGAGCAACGGAUCUCAGCGCUUGCCGGGACUGAUCCAAUGCUUCCAAGGACGAGGGACAGGUGACGAGCGAGAUCCAGACGAGCGUCUCUAAAACAUCUCGAACUUCCUUAAAAAAAGAAAACUUUAUCGGAAACACGACAAAAAUGUUGAACCAACGGCGAAGGCAUUCUCGAUGGAGAAUGUUUCUCAUUCUCUCAGUGUUCCUCGGAUUGAUUUGCAAUGGCGAACUGGCGCCUACCAGUGUAUCAGACUCUUCAUCAUCAUCAUCAUCGACGUCUCACGCCAAGAGAAAAUCGCAGGACAUCGGCUCGUUGAGCGACUUCACCUGGCAAGCGUGGAUCGUGAUGGAUCCGCAGGCUGCCGCCCAGUCCGGUAUGGACUCCGCCACUAUCCUGCGAAAGAUAACGCCCAAGAGCGUGUUCAUCGCGCCAGCGCUGACGCCCUGUCCCGAGGGCUACAAGACUGACAGUAUGAACAGAUGCGUGAAGAACGCUUUCAACCUUGACGAAGACGCGCACAUCAGUUUCCUGCUGCAACGACUCAACACCAUGUACGCCAAUCAGGACUUAAUUGGCAACAAGGGCAACGAGCAGAAGAAGUCGACCGGGCCGCUGCAGCUCAACAUCCCUUUCAUACCCAAUCCGUUGGCGCAGACCGAGCACGAAGAGAUGGCGAGCGAUUUGGUCGCGCCGCCGGUUCGCAAUCAGACUCAGCCGGAAGACGAGGAGAAGACCAAGUCGCACGCGACAGUGGCGUACGAAGUGAAGAACGAUACGACGCUGGACGAGAAGGAGACGACGAUUUUUCUUCAGAAUUCCAGCACCCCCCAUAUUGGCAAAGCUGAGGAGAAGUCUGACGCGGUGAUUGUGACAACGGAACUCGUCGACCAGACGAACGGCACUGAUUUCACGGAGACGGUGAGCUACAAGAAGCCGGUCGAGCCUCUGUUCGACGCUUCAAGCGUGGAGAGACUCGAUGAGAGUGAUGUUGCAAAAGACGUCAUGAAGAAUGCUUCGACGACAGAUAGAGCGGAGAAUUCGACGAAAGUGUCGACCUCAGUCACGCCGCUGUUCUCGCCUACGAAACUGCCAAGUGUGAACGAUUCACCGUUAACACAGAACGACAGCGCUCUGUUGUUUACGCAAACCACCAAGGAAAUCAUCAUCAAAGUGCCGGACCCGACACUUUCCGCAAAGGAGACGACAGAAACUCCAUUGAUCGCGGAAGAUGAACGCCGAGAUAACGAGACGUACGUAAACAGCGACGCAACGCCGACGAAUUGGACAUUGAACGAAUCGCAAGAGAUUUUCUACGAAGACGUGGAAUAUUUUUCCGGCAGUACAAACGAACCGAACGAAGAAAAGUCGUUAGAAGUGGAAGACGGGGAGAUCUUGAAGGCCGGAGAGGCCGGUAUGACGAUUCCUACGCAAAAUGUCGAGCGGCUGCAUCGCGAUCAGCAGCAGCAACAGAAUCGGACAACGGAACAGAAAGAGAUGAUCGACACGCGCGAUCAGAUCGUGAUCCGUUUUAACGAUUCCACGCCUACCAACGACAAGGAUGAAGUGGGCAGUAACGUCUCCAGUGAGGUCAGCAUCAAUGGCGACCUCAUUUUGGAGACGACUCUUUUAGAUGUAAGCACCGAAAGGCUGCAAGUCACCACUAAGCCGGCGGUCGUGACUCAGAAAAUUGUGAAAAAUGACGAUGGCAAUUCCAAAGAAUCGUUCGACAGGAAUCCUGGCUCUUCUAAACCGAAAGUGGUGUUCCCUCAGGAUUCUCACAGCGCGAUGUCCACCAGCUUGUACAAACAGGGCGAGAACGUCGAGAGCGAGAGGGCCGAGGAGCUGCAAACCGCACCUUCUUCGCCCAAAUCGUUGGUGUUCGACUCUCCGGCGGCAGAUCCGAUAACUGAAGUCAUGAAGGAAGAAACAGAUUCGAAAGACAGCGUAUUGCGAGAAAGUCCGCAGGAUUCCGAGUCGGGCAUAUAUCCAGCAAGCUUCCUCAAGCAGCUCGCGACGAACCUCCGGUUGGCCGGCAACCUCGUGAGGUUUCCCAAUGCGAGGCAGCCGGCGCAGCAGAACGGUUACGUGAGGUUCCCGUCCAACGAGGCUAAUAGCAUACACAGUCCGGGCCACAAGCAGCACUAUCCCGCGGACGACCACGGCGCGAUCUACGGCGGCGGCAGCAGCACCAAGAGCAGCGUCCCCGUUCUCCAGAAACCAGUUUACUAUCUAUCAGCGCCGCCGAACUGGAAGCCGGAUCGAGCCGAUCGCGCGUCGGCGACGGCCGGUGAGAGGCAGAAGCAGAGUCCAGGGCUGCUGGGCUUCUGGAGCAACAUGCCGCUGAUCCAGGAUCCCGCUAUGUAUUCCUUCGAUCAGAUCGCGGACGACGACGACGACGAUCAAUCGUUCUUCCCGGCGUCGCGCGGGGUGAGCUUCCACGCGAAAGCGUCGACCGCCGACGACGACAAGGUGUACACGCAGAAACAACGAAGAACGGCGAUCGUUGCGUAACUCUAUCCUCUCCUAAAAACAACUCUCUGGUGAAUUGUGUUUUGGAACUGUGCCAAAUGAAUCAAGAAGAAUUCCAAAUCGCGCGAACGUGACUUGCGGACCGUCGCGGUGUUUGGAUCGCCACGGACUUUGUUAAAAAAGCCGGAUCGACGAAGAGAAUUGUUAAAGAUAUUGUAUUCUGUAGCGAUUUUUUCUUGUAGAAGCUCAUGAAUCACACAUACUGCUAUAUGUAUCGUGUUUAGUAUUUUGCGUCCGGCGAAUGUUGAAAGUCGUCUGGAGAUUUGACGAUCUCAUCGCGAAGGAGUGAACAAAAAUCUAGGUGUCGCGCUUCCUAGUAUUGUUUUCCAGGCUCUUACGUAAAAAAAAAGAGAACAGUCGAGAAAAGCGCGACUCGGUAAGAGCGGAUGGGAGUUAAUAGAAAAAGCGUACUAACAUUUCUUUCGCACGCUCGAUAUCGCUAUCACAUUUUGUCGAUCGUUAAACUCGUGUCCGGAAAAUUUUUUUUCCCAUAGAAAACCAAUGAUUACUAUAUUGCAACGAUCAUUUCCAGCAAUUUCGCGAAGAAUGCAUCUGGUAAUCGCAGUGCUGCGCAAUCGAUAGCGAUAAGCGUUGGAUAGAGAAAGUAGUAAGAAAGUUGCAUGCUGGCGCAAGAGAUUUGCGCAAUCUCGACGACGAAAUUUGCUGCACUAAUGAAACAUGGGCUUUCUCUAACAAAGCUUCAAAGAGAACUGCAUCGUGCAUUUACACAAAGAAAAGUUGUUAAAUGUCGGAUGUUCACUUUACAAAAUUAUUGCGCUUAGCAAUAGCAAGAUAUCGAAUAUGCGUAAAGAACUGCGUCAUUGCUAAUAGCAAAGUAUUAAAAGAGACAAAAUUGUUUGAACUUUGCGCUAUCGAAUCUCACUGAUUAGGCUGAUAUUUACGAAACAAGCGAAACGUAGAUAAGGUCGUAUCAGAGUACGCUAAAGUAGACUAGAAAAAACACACUGCCCGAGAUAAUUUUUUAAGCUUUUUUUACCAAUAAUUUUUUUAUAUUUUUUCAAUCGCAAAAACUCAAUUUUCCGCAUUCUCAUCGCAACUCCGAUUCUAUGUACAUGUAACAACUGAGAUAUUUUGCAUUAUCUACAUUUUACAUUUUCUCCAUUACCAAUGCUAAUAAAAUUGUAUGUAAUCAUUAAG